CUUGCACUUUGAACCUCAGCCGUACGAGUAUCUAAGAGCCCAUUCUUUCGCGUCUCUCAACUUUACUUCUGAGAAUAGAGGUAGGGUGGUUCUAUCCAACCCGGCGCCAAGUUUCUUGGCACCCGAUUAUGUCAAGCUCCAGUCUCAGUCAAGAAGCACAUUGUAUUCAAUCUCAUAGACGGAUCGUAUAACGCAUACGAUACGAGAAUACACCCUCGCUACUCAGGUGUGGCGUAAAGUCAUACGCUGCCCCUGAACACAAAAACAUUCGCCGCUUUAGCGAAUAUCCUAGAUGGAAUAUGCUAAAUGUGCCGACGACAUGAGUGAGCAGCAUCAUUCCCAAUGCCCGUUCAACACAGACCCGUUUGAGGAGAGCGACGAUGAGUUGCAAGACCUCCUACCAGCAUCCUAUCACUAUCACAAGUCCCAUGGAUACCGAAAAAGGCGCCAUGUCGGAGACCCUUCUGAAAAUGUCCCCCAUUUCCUCGCCUCGGAACUAUCCCUCAAGGGACUGGAAAGCAUGUUGAAGCACCUCUGGCUCGCAGGCGCCAAGAGACCCCCUGCACAACUCCAUUAUCACGUCGCCUUAGGCCGUGAGAUUACCAUCACCGAUCGCAUCGAUCUACAUCUCAUGUGGAACCCCAACGGGAGGAUAUUCAUCAAGCCUCUCCCUCGUUUCCUACUGAGCUCCAAGUUCUGGACAGUGUACCUACUGAGCCCGGAACUCAGCAACGAGCGCAAAAUUGCCCUUGGCUUCCUCUACACAUACGCAUGCCUCAUCUCUUCAGACAGCGACUUCCACCUCGCCAUCGAAAAGCGUCUUCUCCCACAGGGCCCCAAUCAAAGGCAAUUAUCAUGGAGAACAUGGAAAACCAUCGCGCGAUCCAUCCUACGAAACCAUGACCCAACUCAGAUGCACCCCCGGUUCAUACACGGCGAGCUCCGCCUCUCUCGCAUCAACACCAUCAACCGCGUCUUCAACCUCUCCCCAUUCGAAGCCUACUUCAACAGCUGGAACGACUACAGCAGCUUCUUCCGCGACAAUCUCAGCUGGAUCGCCGCAUCUACAGUCUGGCUCGUUCUCGUACUGACCGCAAUGCAAGUAGGUCUUGCAGCCGAGCCGCUCCAGAACAACGCCGAGUUCCAAAAGGCAACGUACGGCUUCACCAUCUUUGCGAUUCUCGGACCAGUCGUAUUUUUUGGUCUGGUUAUGCUAGGGGCUGUUUACCAGCUUCUCUCUGAUUUGCCAUGGUUGAUAUGGCAAGCCAUCGACAAGAAAAAGGAACCAAAUGAGCCAACGCCAGAGACGAGUACAGAUGCAACGACGCAUGCAUAGGAUACAUAUACGGAGUAAACCGAAACGAUAUCAAGUAGUAAAUUAUAAUUAGAAUAAGUCAUCAACACAUAAAUAAUCCAAGCAGUCAUCACACAGGUCACACAUAAUAGAUACCACACAUAUAACAACACCAAAUCUCAUUGCAACAAAGCAUAAAUAGGCUAUAAGAAAAGAUUUGCCAAUCUGCUAAUUAGUACCCCCAUUUUCCAUAGUCUUACAUAUAAAG